UUUUAAGGAGACAAAGACAUAGGCUUACAAGAAGACGAUACACUAGUAACGGACCGAGCUUUUGCAUCCACGUCGAUGGAUAUGAUAAGUUAAAGCCGUUUGGAAUAUCUGUUCAUGGUGGAAUCGACGGUUUUUCAAGAAAGAUACUUUGGCUGAAGGCUACAAGUUCAAAUAAAAAUCCCCGUAUAGUUGCAGGACAUUUUCUUGAGUAUUUGAAGACAAGCAAGAGGGUUCCAAGGGUAGUACGCAUGGAUGCAGGAACUGAAAAUGUUAUAAUUGAACGUAUUCAAAUAGCUUUGAGAUCAUUUCAUGCUGAUAGCAUGGCAGGACAUAGAAGUGUUUCAAUAGGAAGAUCAACUGCCAACCAAAAGAUCGAAAUGCUAUGGAGUUUUCUGAUGCGAAAUUUCACAACAUUUUGGAGGAAUUUGUUUAAAGAUAUGGUAGAUGAAGGUAUACUAAACAAUGCCGACCCUGUGCAUCUUGAAUGCAUACGGUUUUGUUUCCUACCACUUAUUCAGAGACAUUUAGACAUGUUUCUACAAUCAUGGAACUCGCACAGAAUAAGAUCUCAAAGAAAUGUUGAAUGUCCACAUGGUAUACCUGACGUUAUGUACUACCAACCUUUUAUUUACGAUAAAUAUGACUGCUCUUAUGAAUUGCCGUGUGACAUAGUUGUAUUGGAUUACUUAACUGAUAUAUACGCGGAUGCUGUUCUACCUAGAGGCACUAAAGAAGAAUUUAGACAAUUAAUAAAUACUCUCACGUUUUUAGAUAUCGAAGAAUUCGAUGUCAUUGAAACUCCAACACAGGCCAAAGAAUUGUUCAACUUAUUAUCAGGCGUAAUAUCACAACAUUUGUUAAAUCGAUAAAAAAAUUACAGAUUUAACAUUUAUUAUUCAUGAUAAGUAUCUGUUAUGUCACCAUGUUGUCGAAUAUAUGGACCCGAAUAUAUAUUCGCGCAUGAGCUAUUUGAUCUGUUGAUGCAAAGAA